AUGUUCAUUCGAACCAAGUCAAAUUUUCGGAUGGCUCAGAACAGCAAUGAUGUUAUCCGUCAACUUCAGAAAGAAUUAGAUGAAAAGGCGGGGCCUUAUGUAUCAGAAGAAUACUUGAAGUUGGCGAGAAAGUUCGCGACUAAGAAGAUAAGUCUGGCCAUAUUUGAGAAGAAGGCCAAGGGCUUGAUUCCAAUCGAUCUCCACUCGAGAUUUAUUCUCAAUAUUGCUGACUUCAUGGAUGUAAGUUCAUUUUUAAAUGAGUUGUACGUUUAGAUGUCACUUGACGAAUGCUUCAAGCGAACAAGAAAACGGAAGAAAAGUCUAGCCGAAGAGAUUUUUGAUCAAAUUUAUUAUCAUCUGAUUUCUGUAGGCCUUUCUGGAGUAAUUUUUAAUAAGGAGGAUGCCAGGUGUACUGUAUCCGAGAUAAUCAAAUAUGCAAGGCUAGUGGAUUCAGAUGUACAGACAAACAGUUUUGGAUUUUCUUAUUUGGAUCCGAUACGGUAAGGGAAAAGGUGAUCAACUUCUAUAUUUGUAGUACGAAGAAAGAAAUUUCAUUGAAGGAUGUUGUAAAUGCAGUGGAGAAGUUCCAUUGGCUCUUGGAACCCCGUAUGGCCAAGGAUUUUAG